AUGCUGUUUCCAUAUGAUGAAAACAAUAUUCCCAGUCUUGACGUGCUCAUAAAUGGACCUUUCAACGACAAAUCAGAGCGUGAGAUGCGAUUACUGCUCAAUGACUUCCUCACGGCGACUGGUCUACGCGAUUACGAGCACUAUUUUACCAAAGGAAUGUUUCUAGCUCAGAAUCCUGCUGCUUUCGACCAGCCCCGCGAAGAUGGUCUUCAUUUGACGCAAGAGGAAAAGGAAACCCUCGUCUAUGAAGAAGUACCCGUCAAAAGAGUCAAUAGGACCGAGUCCUCAAGCUCUUGGCGACCUGAUUACAAAAAGUGGCGGAAUAUCUCAGCUCCUUUAUGGCGACUUGUUUGUCUUUGUGCCCUGGGGGCAGCAGUCCAAGGCUGGGACGAGUCGGCUGUGAAUGGUGCACAGCUUUUCUACCAACGUGCUUUCCGGAUUCACAUCGAGUCAGACAUAAAGGCGGAACGAAAGCCAAUGGUCGUUGGACUUGUUAACAGCGCUCCUUAUCUAGCUUGCUUCGUAAGUUGUUGGCUCACCCCUUGGUCAAACAGGAAAUUCGGCAGACGAGGAACCAUAUUCUGGACUGCAAUAUGUUCCGCGGCUUUCGCCUUUGCCCAAGCGUUUGCAAAUACCUGGGAAGUUCUUUUUGUUCUCCGCUUCCUGAUGGGUUUCGGUAUCGGGCCCAAGAGUGCCACAAUCCCGAUAUAUGCAGCAGAGUGUUCCCCAGCGAAUCUCAGAGGCAGCCUUGUCAUGCUGUGGCAGUUGUUCACCGCCGUUGGUAUCAUGCUCGGCUCAGUCAGUGGUGUCGUGCUGCAAGAUAUUGGGAGUUCUGACUGCGAAGACUUGACAUCUCUGAAAUGUAGUCUGAACUGGAGAUUGAUGCUCGCCAGUCCUGCAAUUGCACCAAUAGUCCUUGCUCUUUACAUUUACACUCAGAGCGAGUCACCACGGUGGCUAAUCAACGAAGGUCACAGGCUUUCGAAAAAUGAUUUACCAAAUUUGGCACAAAAGCGGUACGAACAAGCAUGGGUGGGCUUAAAGAAGCUGCGACGCCAGAGACUACAAGCCGCCAAAGACAUGUUCGAAAUGUAUUACCUUCUCCAGAAAGAGAGAAGAGAAAUAAGUUCCAUCAAGGAUUCACCAGAAAGAAGCUGGAGCCGAAAAGGUAUCUUUGAGCUAUUCUCUGUUCGACGGAACCGAAGAGCAAUGGUUGCAAGUUUGGUCUGCAUGUUUGCCCAACAGUUUUGUGGUGUGUAA